AAUUAAGCGGGCGAGAGAGAGAGAGAGAGAGUUUUCAUAUGGACAUUUGGUAAUUUGUUACAAGAUGGAGGUGUAUAUAAAAUUUAUCACAGUUGUAAAUAGAAGCUCUAGCUAGCUAAUGUCUCUUGGGCUUGAAAGAACCCAGUUCCGAGCUUUUUAAUAAAACUUCAAUUAAACCAGCCUUGAACAGAAAAUUCAAGGAAUGACCAAAUUACCUCUACGGAAAGACCAUCAAGCACCUAAUUCUGAAACCUCGUUAAUCCCAUGUUUGAUUCUUAAAAAUUCCCGCUUCUAUAAUUCACAAAGCUUUGAUUCCUUGACUAGUUAUUUGCACCAUUUUUCUCAGACUAAGAACCUCGGUGCCAUUAAGAGAAUCCAUGCUUACCUACUUACCUCAGGCAUUCUCUUUUUCUCCCUUGAUUUCCAAGCUAAACUUGUUCUUUCCUACACUAGAUGCCAUGACCAAGACAACCUUCAAACUUCAUUCAACCUUUUCAAAUGCGUGAACCCCAGAAACCCAUUACCCUUUAAUGUGAUAAUAUCUAACUUCUGUCAAAAUGGACUUGAUUUUCUUGCACUAAAAACCUUAUCUUUCAUGCAUAGUAAUGGUGUUCCUAUAGAUACUUACGCUUUAUGUGGCUCUUUGACAGCUUCAUCUACUACGAAAAGUGUCGACUUUGGCAAAAAUAUACAUUCCCAUGUGGCGAAAUCAGGUUGGUCGUCCAGCGUUUUUGUGGGUAGUGCUCUGAUUGAUCUGUAUGCAAAAUCGUUGCUAAUUAGAAAUGCAGAGGUGGUGUUUGAUGAAUUACCGAUUAGGAAUACUGUUUGUGCAAAUGCACUUUUAUCAGGUUAUGGUGAGGCUAAGAUGUGGAUUGAGGGACUUGAACUAAGUCGGAAGAUGCCUAUGUUAAAUUUGAAUUACGACCAGUUCACUUUAUCAGCAAUGCUACGUUCAUGUGCUGGACUUUCUGCCAUAGCAUCAGGUAGGCAGGUGCAUGCUUAUCUGUUCCGCUCAAUUUAUGAUGUGGGCAGAGAUGUGUUUUUGCAAAGUUCAUUGAUUGAAAUGUAUGGCAAAUGCGGUCUGGUGGAAAAAGCUUGGAAAGUUUUCACUUUGGCAGGAAUAUGUGGAAGAGGAGAUAAAAAAAGGGACAUCAUUUUGUGGACUUCACUGCUUGGUGUUUAUGGUAGAAAUGGAUAUUAUACAAAGGUGAUUAAAUUGUAUAGGGAGAUGUUGAUGGAAGGGAUCCGACCAGAUGGGGUGGCAUUUGUGACUGUCAUCUCUGCUUGUGGUCGCACCGGCCAAGUGGAUCUUGGGAUUCAGUAUUUUGAAUCCAUGUCUUGUGACUUCAAGUUGGAACCUGGGCCAGAGCACUAUAGCUGUCUUGUUGAUUUGCUGUGUAGGGCUGGUGAAUUGGAUAAGGCAUGGAAGAUUGUCAAUGAGAUGCUGAGUAAAGGACAUAGCAGCUGCAGCGUUUCAAUUUGGGGUGCUUUGCUUAACGCUUGCAAGGAUCGUGGGAAUAUUGAGUUGGGUAAAGAGGCUGCUCAUAGGGCACUUGAGUUGGAUCCUCACAACGUUGGAAUAUAUGUUUUGCUAUCAAAUUUAUAUGCUAGGUUUUGUAUGUGGGAUGAGAUUGGGAAGUUGAGGGAGUUGAUGAAGGAAAAAGGAUUAAAAAAAGAUGUCGGAUGUAGCUGGAUUGAGGUCACAAGUUGAACAGUGCAGUGCUUAAAAGCAUUUCCACAAGAGAAACAUUUCAGCUGCUCUUUGCUACCGUUUUAUUGACAAAAUGGGAACCUAUACAAACAUCCAAAGAUAGCAGAAUCAGACUCCAAUCAUUAUUUUGAAGCUGCAACAUGAGUCAUAAAAUGGUAGCGUCCAUGAUGACAUGAAGAACUUCAUGACACACAAACUUUCGAGCGAGAGAUCAUACAAGGAGGACAAACAUCGAAGCUGGAAGUUCAUCAUAAGCCUUUAGUGGCUAUUAAAGAACUGAAACUGUUUAAUUGGUCAAGUUUCUCAUUCUGACUACGAAGCACAUUGAUUAGUACCCAGAUAAUUGAAAAUGAAGUCUCCAUAGCCGAUCAGGAAAGAUGUUGUCCGGAGCCAUGAAGAGUCAUCCUUUGAUUUUAUUUUGUUAUUGCAAGGCAUAUAAUGACAAAUUAUUGGACCCAUGGUUAUGAUCUGAGUAAUUUAUUAUUAUAUUUUUAUU